CUUGACGUUUGGUGUGGCCUGUGGUUUAGUGUUGCACGUGAAAAUUUUAUAUUUUAUAAUUUUGAAUUAAAGUAAUAUUUCCUAACUUUCCACUCACAAAAUGAUGCAACCACAAAUAUUACUCUUAAAAGAGGGAACUGACUCAUCACAAGGCAAACCUCAGUUAAUAUCAAACAUAAAUGCCUGCCAGAAUGUGACGGAUGCUGUAAGAACAACACUAGGGCCCAGAGGUAUGGACAAGCUCAUAGUACAGAGGCAAGGCAAUGCUACUAUAUCAAACGACGGGGCAACUAUUUUGAAAUUAUUGGAUAUCGUUCACCCUGCUGCGAAAACUUUGGUCGAUAUUGCUAAGUCACAAGAUGCAGAGGUUGGGGAUGGAACAACAAGUGUUGUGUUGUUAGCAGGAGAGUUUUUAAAACAAAUAAAGCCUUAUGUUGAUGAGGGUGUUCAUCCAAGAAUAAUAAUAAAAGCAGUCAGAAGAUCGUUCCAAAUUUGUCUCGAGAAAAUAAGUGAAAUAUCUGUUAAAAUCAAUAAAUCAAAUGCUGAUGAAUUUAGAUCUCUAUUAGAAAAGUGUGCUGCAACAGCAAUGAGCUCGAAAUUAAUUAAUCAACAAAGAUCUUUCUUUUCCAAAAUGGUUGUAGAUGCUGUUCUAUUGCUAGAUGAUUUACUACCUCUCAACAUGAUUGGUAUCAAAAAGGUACAAGGUGGAGCUCUUGAGGAGUCACUUUUGGUAGCAGGUGUAGCAUUCAAGAAAACUUUUUCUUAUGCUGGAUUUGAAAUGCAACCCAAGGUAUACAAAGAUUGUAAAAUAGCCCUGUUGAACAUUGAAUUGGAACUUAAAGCUGAAAGAGAUAAUGCAGAAGUAAGAGUAGAUAAUGUAAAAGAAUAUCAGAAAAUUGUUGAUGCAGAGUGGACAAUUCUUUACAAUAAACUUCAAAAAAUUUAUGAGUCUGGAGCUAAUGUUGUUUUGUCGAAAUUACCCAUAGGAGAUGUUGCAACUCAAUACUUUGCUGACAGGGAUAUGUUCUGUGCUGGUCGUGUUCAAGAAGAUGAUAUGAAACGUACCCUGAAAGCAUGUGGAGGUGCUGUAAUGACCACCGUUAAUGACAUCAACGAUUCUGUACUCGGUAAAUGUGAGCUGUUUGAAGAAAAACAAAUAGGAGGAGACAGAUUUAACUUCUUCAAAGGCUGUCCCAAUGCCAAAACAUGUACUUUAAUUUUACGUGGAGGAGCAGAACAAUUUUUAGAAGAAACUGAAAGAUCACUACAUGAUGCCAUCAUGAUUGUUAGAAGGACUAUUAAAAAUGACGCAGUUGUAGCUGGUGGUGGUGCCAUAGAGAUGGAAUUAUCAAAAAUUUUACGGGAUCAUUCUCGUACAAUUGCCGGCAAAGAACAACUUCUGAUUGGUGCAAUAGCUAAGGCAUUAGAGGUCAUCCCCAGACAAUUAUGCGAUAAUGCCGGAUUUGACGCCACUAACAUUCUUAAUAAACUUCGACAGAAACAUGCGCAGGGUCACUGCUGGUACGGUGUGGACAUAAACAACGAAGACAUUAGUGAUAACUUCGAAGCCUGCGUAUGGGAACCGGCCAUCGUCAAAAUUAACGCCCUGACGGCAGCCACGGAAGCAACGUGUUUGAUUCUGUCUGUUGAUGAAACGAUAAAAAAUCAAAAAUCUGAGCAGCCACCUCAAAUGGGAGGUCGUGGUAUGGGAAGGCCCAUGUAACUUUUUAAGGUCAAGAAAUUGAUCUUUUGUAUAACCAGUAUGCAGUGCACCUCACUAAUUUAUCUUCGUUUAAUUUACUUGCUGUAAUUUUUCUAAUAAAGCUUUAAAAAAAGUAAUGAUUUU